AUGAAAGUAAAGAUAGUUAAAGCUAAAGUAAAGGAGCAGAAAGUUAAUUGUUGUCUCGAACCAGGAUUUUUGGGAAUCUCUAUGUGUACUGAUAAACUUCUCAAGAAAAUUGAUGGUAAAAUUAGCAGAAAGUUGACUUCUGAAAAAAAAGAUAGUAAAUUCGUCAGAGAAGAAAUCACAGCUCCACUUGAAUUGGCCAUAAUUCUAAUUAUCUUUACUUCUAAUGUAAUAAACAAUAACCGCCUUAGUAAUUAUGAAUCUAUCACAAUUCUGAUUAAAGUGCUUGUAGAAAAAUAUGACCCUAAGAUACCUAAUUAUAUCCUGCUUGAUAACAAUUGGUUCUAUAGACGCAAUAAUCAUGGAAUCCAGAUGUAUUUACCAGAAAUAGUAACAGAUGCAAAAAAUACUUUUGUAAGAACUACCUUACAUAUUAAGGACCUCAAUACUUCUGAUUUGAUUAUUUCAGACAGCAAUUCAGAUAGUUCUUCCACAUCUAGUUCAGAAAUAGAAGCUAUACAUAAGACUGAAGGUGUAAGAAAAUGCCCUAUUCUAAAGCAUAAAGUAAAACGUAAAGCAUGA